GAACAGCCGUAUCAGCUGUGUCUUGAUACCAAAUAAUUUCUACUUUUAAUUGCUUUGAUAUGUUAUAAAAUACGCGAAAAGUACGAUUUGUAACAGAAGUGAAAUGGCUUCUAAAGAGAAGUUGUAUGGUCAAUUAAAGAAUUUAUUUCGUAUGAACAAAGGAAAUUACUCUGGUACAAUUAGAUCUGGUGAUGAUUAUGUGUUGAGUGAGGAAAUCCAAAGAGAUCUAUCUAAAGAUUCUCCACUACAAGUUAGAACUAAAGCCAUCAAAGAAUUGAAUCAGCAGCUUACAAGUUACAGAUUUAGUGAGACAUGCAUUCCAAAAGUUUGGGGAUACAUAGAAGAAUUACUGAAAGAUCCUACUGAUCUUAGCCAUUUAGGUUUCCAGUGCCUCCAAAGCCUUAUUUAUGGACAAGGCAGGAAACUGCAUAUGCUUCGAGCACAGAUAUUCAAAGUAAUAUCAGAAUACAAGCAUGAUGUUGGAAUUAGAUUUGAUCUUCUGAUUACCCUUACUGAAAAUGGCAAAGACAUUGAGCAUUUUGAGGAGAAGAUGGCACCAUUCCUAUUGGAAUGGUUUCCAGAUGUCAUUAAAGCAGGAAAAACAAAUGAGUUUCUAUUACUUUUAACCAACUUGAUCAAAUUUCAUUCAGCUAGAAUAAGUGAAGAUGUAAUUGUUGGAUUUGUGAAUCACAUUUGUUUAUUGUGCUCUAACAGCAUAGACUAUAAGCAAAUCAUUUUGCCUUGCAUAGAUAUCUUUGAUUCUAUUGUUGCUUACUAUAGGAAUCUUCCAUCAGACUCAUUAUCAAACUUUGUUGGUGUACUAUGUAGAAUGGUUACUAUUGAAUCAUAUUGUCAAAUAUGCUGGAAGAUUAUGAAGAAUCUUCUAGGUACCCAUAUGGGGCAUUCAGCUAUCUUUACAAUGUGCAGAAUACUUCAAGAACAUUUAUUCAAAGAUGACCCCAGCCUAUUACGUGGCGCAUUAAUUUUUAUCUACAUGGGUUUAUGGGAUCAGCCUUUGCCAAACUUGAGAUGUCCACCAACAUCCAUCCUUCCAUCAAUACUCCAGGUCGUAGAUAGCAAUUACCCUAUAGUAAUAUAUGAAGUAUUAAUAAGCAUGGAGAAGCUGGUAUUCAAGUACUCUAUGGAAUUACAAGACUCUUCAUGGGAUCUCAUUAUCAAAAUACUGAGCGUAAUCGUUAAACGCAUGCAAGACAUGAAAACCUCCUCCAAAAAUGACAACGAAGAAUUGGAAGAACGUUUGCAUAAAUUGUUGAAUAGCAUUGAGAAUUUAAUUAAGUGCAGCAGUUUCAAUGGGAACAUCAACCAGUUUUAUAACUUGAUCCAAGAUUGUUCGGCUAUUAGGCCAGAUACGUCCGUCAUAGGUUUAAUCAGUUACUUGGCUCAAGAAAUCACUCCUAACAAACCAAUGUGGAUAAUCAAAUUAAAUACUCUCAUGAAUAAUUAUUAUAAGUAUGAGAACGAACGCAGAACGACGAUACGCUUGAAAGUGUUGGAAGUUGUAUCAUAUAUUGUUCAGUUAAAUAAGAUGUUAUACGAGGAAGAAUUGAUCGAUCGCAUCAUAUUACCACAUUUAAAUAAUUUGCAAAUGGUUAAGGAUGAGAAGAUUCGGUCAGCAGGAGCUGGCAUUUUAAUUGAUCUGUGUUUAACAUGUGAAAGUAAACGCUGCUUUGAACUACUUGAUGUCCUCGAAAAGCUUCUGAAUCGUCCGUAUUCGAUAUAUACUAAUCAUGCAGCGAGCCAAGCUGACACCGUCGAUGUAGAAAGAGUCGUUGCGGGACUUGUUAAAAUAUUAGCUGUUAAAAUUCAUAAGUUGCCUUCAUUACAUGCAGUUACUGUUUAUAACAUAUUAGUAGGUCACCUAGAAAUGCAUUACAGUAGGCCUAAAAUCUUCGAAUGCUGUAAAAAUGUUAGGAUUGCCAUUUUCAAUUGCUUCAUGAACAUGCGAGCUGAUCAUUUGUAUCGCAUUGGUUAUCCCGAUACGAACGGUUUUGUCAAAUAUAGUUCUUAUAUAUGCGUGACUUAUCGAAGUUCGGAUAAAGGUUCUUUUGGAUCUCCGCCACCACCGCCAUCACCGUCACCACAACAACCGCAGCUUCAAUGCGUCGUAACAAAUGUUUCAGUGAGGGGCGGCUUCAAAGCACUUAUACAAUGUCUGAAACAGGAACAAGAUUGGGAAGUAUUGACAGCGGUUUUGAAGCAGAUACCCAAAGUCCUACAAAAUAAAACAUUUGUUCUCACGAAACAUGGAAACACCGAUAUUGGGCUUUUAGUGAAAAAUAUUAUAUUAAUUAUUAACAACUACAAAUCAACUCCGGAGUCGCAAAAUACAAAGAGCCGUUCAGAUUUCUACUAUUUAGUCUUGACUAUUUUGCAUGGUCUUGUGAACUACCAUUCUAAUUUGGAUGCACAUCAUCAGAGUAGUAUAAUCUACCAGUUCUGCGCUUUGAAGUUAGGACCGGGGCCCUGUAUUUUCGCACUGACCACUUGUAUUUUGGAAAUGCAAGAUUGUAUGGUCAAAGUUGCGAAUAAAGUACUUCUAACUCUCUCGCAAUCUUCCGCCACAGUGCAUAUCGCUGUGCCAGUAUUAGAGUUCCUCUCUACUUUAAGCAUAUUGCCAAACGUUUACGCGAAUUUCGCACCGGAGCAGUACAUGACAAUAUUUGCUACUCUAUUAGCUUACACAAAUCCCUUCAAGUACAACCACUACAUUGUGUCUUUGGCUCAUCGCAUUAUAGCCGUCUGGUUUCUGAAGUGUCCAUUGCCAUAUAGAAAAGAAUUUGCUAGAUACAUUUGUAAUUCGCUGCAAAAUAACGAGUUGGUCAAGCAGAAUGAAGACAGUUCUGAUCGCAAACGUAGUUCCAGUUUGACCGAGCAACGGUCAAGUCACCGAGAACGGGCCUCGACUGUUGUCGGAAGAAUGGAUAGCAAAACGAAUCUUGAAUUUCGUCCAGUGCUUUUAGAUAAAACAUUGGUACCUUUUUACACUGAACUGACGGACACCUGUAUUGAAUUACUCUCAAGAUAUACGUUUUUGCCGUGCAGUGCUCUGCCGCGAAGAUUACCAGUAGCCGAGUUUCUAUUGUCUGGUGGCCAAUCGAUGAGUUGGCUAUUGGGUAAUCGCAUAAUCACCGUUACCACAAGCGGGUGUUCGCAGAAAGUUUUGAAAAAUGGACUGUGUGAUAAGUGCUUGGCUAUUUGUAAAGUAGAAGAGCAGAAGAGUCCUGAGAAAAUGGCAGGAAUUUUAAAAACAACUUUACAAAGUCGCAGUGGCAGUCACGACAAAGAUGAAUCUAAUUCAACGCGCGUGACCCGACAAAACUCUGGUUCAAACAACAAUACUACCGCAAGUUCUCCAAUCGAAGAAAGCAAAAGGUUCAAUGAUAGGCUCGAGCAAUUGCCUGGUAAGUUGCAACAGUUAGCCACCGACGGUUGCAGCAGUAAAUUGGACAAACACCGAUGCGUUUGCUGGUGCCAAGGAUGGGCCGAAAUUCACAUUAGAAGACCAACCGGCGAUACCUCUUGGAUAAUGCGCAUUCAAAAUCAAACAUCACAUCAAACCAACAUAUACGAGUUUCCGUUAAACGAGAUUUCCGGAUUGUUGAAACCGUCUUUGCGGGGUAUUGCAGAGAGCGAACAUGCUUGUAACAGGCAAAUUUCAUCUGAAGAUGAUUCUUCGUCUCACCGACAAUCUUCAACGGAGGAUGGACCAUCUACGAGUACAACUAUGCCUAUUAGUAUACCAGGUUCGCCUAACAAGCAAUCACCUUCCCGUCAAAGUUCUAGAGAUAGCAUGGAAGCAGACGCGGACGUGGAAACCAUUUUCUACGAUGAAGGUGGAAGAUCAAGGAAUCCCGUUCGACGUUCGAACUCCAGUCCAGAGAUGUCGACGAAUUGGAAAAAUCCGUUUUUAAUGCAGAAAGCUGUGGAUCGUGAAGACGGUCGUUCCCAAGAUCCAGACGAAUGCAUAAAGAAGCCUUGCGGUAGUAGUGGUGUCAAGAAUAAUUUCCCCAAAGAUAUGAGAGUCAGUUGCGAGGCAAUCCCUGAAGAGAUCGCUGGAAUGGGAACUACUCCACCAUCCAAUGAUACCAUGACAACAGUGCCAGCACCUACCACUCAUCCAGGCCUCUUAAGUUCUUUGAGUUAUCCAGGAAUUACUGAAGGUGGCGGCCCCAAUGCAACGAAAUCAUAUCAAUCGGGCCCAUCUGGUACUCAAAACAGCGGCAAACUUAAAGCAUGUCGAAGUGAAUCUAUCGAUGGCACCGUAAGUGAUAAUCGUCCUAGCAACUUACAGAUAUUGUUACCGCUGAGUAGUAAACCCCCACAGGGACCUACUCAAACAUCACCUAGAUUAUCGAGACACAACUUGAAAGAACGCGAAGCACAUGAAAUUCAGAAAAGUUCGUCACUGAUUCUAGAGGGAACGCAAAUACAAAAAAAAGAUAAGAAGAGCAACGAGGCUAAUUUAAAUGAUUACCAGAGGCGCGAUCGAGGGUACACAAUAUCUGUGAUGCAGAGUCCUGGUCAUAAGGCAAACAGACCAUCAAUUGGUAUGAAGAACAGGGAGAAUGCACGCAGCGGUAUCAACCCGAGCUUUGUAUUCUUGCAAUUAUACCACUCUGCUCAUUUCGGGAGCACCAAUGAAAAGCCACUUCUAAUUGAUUCGGGAGUCGUGCAGAGAUCUUUAAAAGUAUUGGAUUGCAUUCCUCCAUAUGAGAUGCACAAGAUCGGUGUCAUUUACAUUGGCGUGGGUCAGAACGGAAAAGAGGUUGAUAUUUUGAAGAAUAAAUAUGGAUCUGUUAGAUACGUUCAGUUUCUGAAGAAUCUGGGAACUUUAAUUAAGAUACAAGAUGUUGACCCGCAGCUAUUUUUCCUUGGAGGUUUGGAGCAGAAUGGAAGCGACGGCAAGUAUGCAUACAUUUGGCAAGACGGCGUUAUUCGGGUUAUGUUUCAUGUGGCUACGAUCAUGCCCAACAAAGAUUCGGAUGUGAAUUGCACCAACAAAAAGAAGCAUAUAGGCAAUGAUAAUGUUACUAUUGUCUACAACGACAGCGGAGAGGAUUAUAACAUCAAUACAAUUAAAGGUCAAUUUAAUUUUGCCAAUGUGAUAAUACAACCUUUGGAUCAAAAUACCAAUAGAGUGACAGUCAAAGUUAAAGAGGAGUUAUCAAAUUUAAUUGGUAACACGGAAACCAGAAUUGUGUCCGACCAAAACGUCGCAAUACUAUCUAGGCAGUUGGCAUUAAAUACAAAUUUGGCUUCUUUGGUGUUCAUAAACAAAAGUAAGCAGGUUCCGUACGCUUCUGUCUGGGUGGAGCGUUUGAGGCAAAUUAAGAAUAUUAGGAAGAAAAUAAUCGAUUCGAAAAAUGAGUCGGCCAAUCAGACUGAUCAGGAGUUUAAAUCCAGGAAUGGAAGAACGGAAGAUUUUACAGAUUACACAUAAUUUUAUUGUUUCUUAUCAUUUUAUCGCUAUAAUAAAAUAAUGUAAUUUUA